AUGACAGACGUGUACAAGUACAAAGGAAGCGGCCGCAUUUGGCUGUAAUUUUUUGCAUUUUUUCGUUGAAUUUCUCCAAUUUUUUCAGCAUGUGCUCGUGGGAAUACGGACCUGUCUGCUAUGGAAUGGCUUUGUAAGCAUUUUUUGCGGAAUAAUUGCACUUUUUUGAGCCAAAUUUCGUGAACAAGUGACAAAGCCGAACGAUACUCCGAGAUAACGCCCCGGCGCCUUGUUUAGCCGAGCCGAUCUGUCGGCGGGAAUUCAAAGUUUGAAGUUCAGAGACCUCAUCGGCGGCGUUUCGCUCAUCAUUUUCCUCGUUUUGGCCAUCGGAAUUUUCUUUUUCGGAUUGUUUGGCAUCAAACCGAAAAAUAUUCGGGUACGUAUGCAUGGCCUAACCUUUUUCUGCAAAAGUUCAGCCAUGCGGUGAAUUGUCGAAGCGUUGCCUUUUUCCAGGUGUACAAAUGGUUUCUUUUACGAUUUUUCAAUUGUGGCCUAACUUUUUCUUCUUUUUUUUCUAGGCCACCCCAAUAAGUUCGCCAAUUUUCAGCGCAAACUGCACGAUUGA